AUGGACCCACCACAUUUCUCGGGUACGAUUCCGGCCGUUCCGAAACGUGGACUCUUCGCAGUCACCAGCGUGAGCUCAAUGCAAAAUCACAAUAUGAAAAGAUCCGAAGAUUCGAAUAGAACGAAGCGCCGGAAGAUUGCUGUAGCUUGCGAUGACUGUCGUACGCGAAAAGUUCGUUGUGACGGAGUGCAACCCGUGUGUGGGCCAUGCAGCAAAAGGGCAGAUGAAGGCAAAUGUGUCUAUACAGGGGAUCUAGAGAAAAAACGUGCGACUCAAAGCUAUAUCACAAGCCUGGAGAAUCGCAUCAAACUGCUUGAAAGCCCGAAGGCGUCGGAGAGAGCCUCAUUGUCGGUGUUCACGCCACACCAUUCGCUAUCAUCGCUAUCACCAGCUGGAACCCCCCAGGGCCAUCCUGAAACGCCAAUCAACAAGGUUCAAAACACGGGAUUCCCCGAUCAGCCCGAAGCCCUUGAGGAUGGGGGGCAUGAUGGAGUGAAUGCGAUGGUGGGCUCCUUGGAGGAAGGACACGCUAAUCAGGGGUUUUUUGGAAGCUCUAGCGCCGCGGGAUUCAUGCGCCAGAUUAAAAUAGCAGUUGAUAGAAGGGUCUCCUCGCCAGAACGACAUCCUUCGGGUUCCAAUAGAGGUCUCGGCUCCAAUCUUCUCUCCAAUCGCAACGGAAAGCAUCAGUCCACUGUUCCGGCGUACGUUUUACCGCCACGGAGAACAGCCGACUCUUUAAUGGAGGUAUACUGGGAUUACGUUUUCCCUUUAUAUCCAUUUCUUGACAGUGGCCACAUGAAGGGUGAAUAUACCAAAUUAUGGCGAGGGGAUACCUUGCAAUACGAUGAAAACAUGGUAAUGUGUACAUUCAAUGUAAUAUUCGCCCUUGCAAGCCAAUUGGCCGACUUUGUUCCACCGCGGGAGAGAGAGGCUGCGGCAGAUGCUUUUUUCUCGCGCGCGAAGGGACUUUUUCAGUUCAAUCUGUGGGAUACGGGAUCUGCAGGACUUAUUCAAUGCCUUCUUUUAAUGGCACAAUACUUACAAAGUACAGAUUCGGCACAUCAGUGCUGGAUUGUCACUGGUUUAGCAAUACGGAACGCGCAGAGCCUCGGUCUUCAUCUUCCGCAGACUAUUGCACGGUUUUCUAGCUUCCAAGAACAACAGCUUGCCAGGAAAUUAUGGCAUGGAUGCGUCUUGAUGGAUCGUGUGAUGUCUAUGACAUUUGGUCGACCGGCGAUGAUCUCGAAGAUUUCUAGUGGGGCCGUUCCUCUCCCCGUCCUUGUUGACGAUGAGUUCAUCCCUGUCAACGCUACUGUAGAGCCCACACAGCCUACACAGAAGCAGUCUAUUAUGGUGUUCUAUGCCAAAACGUUGGAGCUAUAUGAAAUCAUGAACGAGGUGCUUCUUAGUCUUCACAAGCCAAUCCCGGAUGAUGGCCCAGGUGAAACUCAUCAAUUCUAUUUCAAUAGUACUAACUCCGAUGGUGAACACACAAUAUUUGAACUUGACCACUCGCUCACCCGCUGGGCGCAAAGUCUGCCCGCUCAUUUGCGGACUGGGUCGACAGCUGCAGUACAUAAUCCUAUAUUCUUCCGUCAAGGAAUUGUAUUGAACGCGAGAUUCUUGCACGUUCGCAUCCUUUUAUUCCGUCCCAUUUUGUCAAAAUACUGCACUAUGCGCGAGAGCCUGAGAAGGAAUUCUAUGAUCGCGAUCAGCGAUUCCUUGCCCCACCGGGUUGCAUUACAAUGCUCAAUUAUCUGUGUUAAGGUGGCCCAGGAAUCGAUCGAAAUGAUCUACAACAACGUCCCAGUCGACGGCACAGGUGGUCCACUGCCGGCAUGGUGGUAUAAUAUACUAUACAUAUAUACCGCUGCAACGGUUCUCAUUGCGGGUCGUUUAUGUUCAGCCAUAUCGGAAGAAAUAGCCGACUCCUCAAUGACUCGCUCCUGGGACUGUGCGCUAGAGAUUUUGCGCAAAUAUCAAGACUACAGCUUUUCCGCCAGGCGAUGCGUCGCUGCGCUUGAAAUUCUCUACGAACAGGUUAUCGCGGAAGACCACCAACCUAAUGAGCAACCAAAUAGCCAGGGUCUACUUAACGACAUUUCAUUUGGGGAAGGCAUGAACACAGAAAUGAUGGAAUCUUUUGAAUUUCCAGACUUUCAAGACAUGUCUUGGCUUAAUAGUGUUCCAAGUAACCUCUUCUAG